CGAGGUUGUUUUACAACAACUAACAUCCGUUUGUGUAAAAAACUAAUCGCGUCUUUUUGUUUGGCUGCUACAUAUCGAGUUUCCAAAAAACUUGUGCCGAUUUGCCAUUCCCACUGUGCUAUUUUGCUCCUGAUACAGCAUCAUUAAACCCAAACUGAUACAGAAGUCCCAGAGAUCCAGCCUAUUUAACCUAAAAAAAUCCGGCAAAAGCUACCACCAGUGUUCAAAAACUUCUCGAAGAUGAGCAAGAGGAACAGCCCUGUACCCACCACCGAGCCAGCGGCCCCAGAGGAGUACGUGGUCGAAAAGAUCAUCGACUGCCGCACCAACGAGAAAGGGGGCAAGGAAUACUUCCUGAAGUGGAUCGGGUACGAUGAGAAGGACAACACCUGGGAGCCAGAGGAGAACCUGGAUUGCCCGGGACUUAUCGAAGCCUUCGAGAAGGAGAGAACUAAGAAAAAGGAAGCCGAGAGGAAAAGGAAGCUCACCAUGCAGUCUGAUGGCAAAGGAGCUAAGCGGAAGACUGACGAGAAGAAAUCGCUUGGAUUCGACAGGGGCUUGGAGCCGGAGAAAAUCAUCGGUGCCACCGACAGUCCAGGCCAAUUGAUGUUCCUCAUAAAGUGGACGGGCACGGACGAGGCUGACCUCGUGCCUGCCAAACAGGCCAACGUGAAGUGUCCGCAGGUGGUCAUAAAGUUCUAUGAGGAGCACCUCAAGUGGCAGUCUCCGAACAUCGAGGAGAACAAGACCGGCACCGAAUUAAUGAGCAAGAGCAAGAAGUCCUCUCCUGAACCCGAGGAGGGCAACGAAGAGUACAUCGUGGAGAAGAUCAUAGACAGCAGAAUCAACGACCACGGCGUGAAAGAGUACCUUCUAAAGUGGAUUGGCUACGACGACAAAGAUAACACGUGGGAACCCGAAGAGAACCUCGACUGCCCCAGCCUGAUCAAAGCCUACGAGGCCGAGAAGGCGGCGAAAGACAAGGAGAGGAGCAAGAAGCGGAAAACUGACAGCGCCACCCCCGAUCCCAAGGGAAUGAAACGGAACAAGGAAGACAAGAAAAUCCACGGUUUCGACAGGGGUCUGGAGCCCGAGAAGAUAAUCGGUGCUACCGACAGUCCCGGUCAGUUGAUGUUCCUCAUGAAAUGGGUCGGGACGGACGAAGCUGACUUGGUACCCGCGAAACAGGCCAACGUGAAGUGUCCGCAGGUGGUCAUCAAGUUUUACGAGGAACGGGUGACUUGGGCGGCGCCCACCACCGACGACCACAAAAACGGUUAGAUGUAAAGUUGUACUUUAAUUUUUUCUACUGUAAAUAAUUAUGUUUAGUUUCGGCAAUGAUCUGAGUUAUUUUUAAGUGGAAGACAACGCUGUCGCUUCUAUAAUUUUAGGUUACCAAAAAACGCGAGUUGAGCUUUUUUAUAAUUUUUUCGACAUGUAUUGUUGAAGUGUACAUUAAAUUAGUUUAUUCUGUGAAUACGAUAUGGCAGAUUGUGUACGUUAAAUCGAGGUAAUUCUGAAAGAUCUUUAGGAAGUAUUUUGUAAAGUUUCUGUUGGGUAGUUUGUAGUGUUUAUAAGAAAAAAAGAAAAAAACAGUAAAUUGAUUGCUAAA